UUGGACAAAACAUACAUGGUUCUCAGGAUAUGUUUUUAGUAGUGUUUCUACAGCAGCCAUAUGUGGUUACGGUUACAUUAUUGUGUAUGUGUAGUUUUCAUUUGUUCGUCAUAUGUUCCUCAAUAGUAGGAGGAACAUAUGAAGUGAAGGGUCUUGGUGUCCUCCACCAGGAAUUUUUUAACAUCAAACAUUUAAUUUCCUGCAUUUUGGUGAAGUUUUAUGCACCAAUUCAUCCUCUUUCUGCAAUAGUUUAUAGUGGAAAUGUUAAUUUUUUAUUUUCAUUUUUUAAGCAAAGGAAAACACUAAAUUCAGGCACAGUGAGUAAUGCUAUGCUUGUUUUUUUUCUUUUUGUUUUUUUAAAUGCACAUUAUCUAAAUGCAAAGGGUGUGUAUCCCCUGCAACCCCCUGAAGUCUACGCCUGUCAUCUUUACUCUGAAGGUGCGCUAGUCUGUGUCCACCUGGACGUCUUAUAGCGGCCGUCUGCAGCUGGUAGUGGAUUAGUGGUUACCUUUGCAAGUCUGGCUUUGUUGUCAAAAAACAACAACCACCCCAUGUCCUCCACAACGUCCACCUGGUGGGCGAACAGGGUGUGUGGUGCACAGUCAGGGCCCUCUGAUUACCUUUUGAAAUCUUAAUUAACAAGAUACCAGUCCUUUAUCUUUAUUUAUUUUUGAGACUCAAUUUAUUUGGAUUAGAUUCCACUUUAUUGUCAUUGAGUACAAGCACAAGGAAAUGCAGUGUGCACUUUGGGAUUAAAGUUUUUCUUCGACUUAAGUCUUUAUUUCUGGUCUUUGAUCAGAAUCAUAUGAUGAUUGACUCUGGUGUAGCAGCCAUGGCUCCUUUUCUUACAUCAUAAUCAUGAUGACUCUCAGAGGAGGAGCUGAUUUGGUGGCUGCAGGUGAGAUCAUGAAUGAAUCAACAGCUCUGGUGAAGCAGCUCUUCUUGUCAUUUCCUGGACUCUCCCUCUCCUUCUUCAGACCCACCCCUCCUUUCUAGCAGGACCCCCCGGCGGUCCCCGGACCCCAGCUUGGGAACCCCACCGGGGGUUUGAGCCAUCCCACUCUGCGGGCUCCAUGCUACUAUUGUCUAACUGGGGAGAGCGGGCUAUUUGCAAAAUAAAGGUGGCCUCCUGGUGUCGGACUGAUCCACUCGGCGGCGGCGGCGGUAGAAUGAGCCUCAGUCCUCCGGGCUUCUCCUCCCAGACAGCCGCGGCUCGUCGGCGGUCGGAUGCUGGAAGUCCUCGGCGAUAAGUGCGCACGUAAAGGGGGGAGAGAAAGAAGGAGAAGGGACGCGGAAGGAAAGGAUCCAGAGGCGCAUUUUUUUAAUACCAAAUCGGGACACAUGUUGAGCUAACGGACCACCUCCUCCUCCCCCCCUCCUCUCGCUUCUCCUCCCAAAUGCAUUUGUUGCCUCAAUCGCUUUCCCGUUACUAAUUACUCCGCGUCAGGAUAAAGCCUCUUUCCUCCUCCUCCUCCUCCUCCUGCUGCUCUCCGGCUCCGAGGAUCACCGCUUCUUUGGAGGGCAACGAGAAUGGAUCUGAGUAAAAUUGCUGUCAGCAUCAAUAAGGCCAUCAACACACAGGAGGUCGCUGUCAAAGAGAAGCAUGCCAGGACCUGCAUCUUGGGGACCCAUCAUGAGAAAGGCGCCCACACCUUCUGGGCGGCCGUCAACCGGCUUCCUCUGUCCAGCAACGCCGUGCUCUGCUGGAAGUUCUGCCACGUCUUCCACAAGCUGCUGCGGGACGGACACCCAAACGUGAUAAAGGACUCCAUGAGGAACAAGGCUGAUUUAACUGAUAUGAGCAGGAUGUGGGGUCACCUUAGUGAAGGCUAUGGGAAGCUGUGCAGCAUCUACCUCAAACUGCUCAUCACCAAAAUGGAGUUUCACAUCAAAAACCCUCGUUUCCCCGGCAACCUUCAGAUGUCAAACAGACAGCUCGACGAGGCGGGAGAGAAUGACGUCAACAACUUCUUCCAGCUGACAGUAGAGAUGUUUGACUACCUGGAGUGUGAGCUCAACCUCUUCCUGGGAGUGUUCAGCUCUCUGGACAUGUCUCGGUCGGUGUCGGUGACGGCGGCGGGUCAGUGUCGUCUGGCUCCCCUCAUCCAAGUCAUCCUGGACUGCAGCCACCUGUAUGACUACACCGUCAAGCUGCUGUUUAAGCUGCACUCCUGCCUUCCAGCUGACACUCUGCAGGGCCACAGAGAUCGCUUCCAGGAGCAGUUUAAGAAGCUAAAGAGUUUGUUCUAUCGCUCCAGUAACUUGCAGUAUUUCAAGAGGCUGAUUCAGAUCCCACAGUUGCCUGAGAACCCUCCUAACUUCCUGCGAGCCUCUGCUCUGUCGGAGCACAUCAGCCCCGUGGUCGUGAUCCCCGCCGAGUCGUCGUCCCCCGAGUCAGAGCACGUGGUGGAAACGGACGACCUGGUGGACACAGAUGUCCCCGCGCUGCCGGCCGCUGUGGAGACCAAGUUUGACGACCUGUUCGGCACUUCGGCUGCUAUCGACCCGUUCAACUUCAACAGUCAGAACGGCAUGCGCAAGGACGACAAAGACCGUCUGAUCGAACAGCUGACGAGGGAGAUCCAGGCCCUAAAAGAAGAGCUGGAAUCUUUCAGACUGGAGAGCGGUCGGCUGUGUCAGGCGCUGAGGGGGCGUGUCAGCGAGCUGGAGGCGGAGCUGGCCGAGCAGAGCCACCUGAGGCUGCAGGCUGUCGGAGAGAGCGAGUUCCUGAAGGCAGAGCUGGACGACCUGCGGAGGGUCCGAGAGGACACGGAGAAGGAGCAGCGGAGCCUGACGGAGAUCGAGAGAAAAGCUCAAGCCAACGAGCAGCGCUACACCAAACUGAAGGAGAAGUACACAGAGCUGGUUCAGAGUCACGCAGACCUGCUGAGAAAGAACGCAGAGGUGACCCGGCAGAUGACAGUCGCUCGGGCAGCACAGGAUGAAGUGGAGGCCGUGAGGAAAGAGAUGCAGGAGAAGGUGAAGGCCGCUCAGGAGGCUGCAGACAGACAGGAGAACGAACAGCUGGAUCAGCUUCAGGAGCUGCAGAGAGAGCUGGUGUCCAGCCGGGCAGAGCUGGACUCCCUGAAGACCACCAUGGCAUCAUCACAGCAGUCCAGCGAGGUGCUCAGCACUCAGCUCUCCACCCUGGAGUCCGAGAAAGCCGAGCUCGUGCAGACCUUGUUGAAGGUGGAGGCAGAGCUGGCGGUGCGGGGGGAGGAGCUUGAGCAAGUCCAGAGCUCGCUGGCGACGGAGAGGGAGAGCGGGGUGAAGACGGCGGAGGCCCUGCAGAAUCAGCUCAAUGAGAAGGAGAGCAGGGAGCAGGCGUUGGAGAGCCAGCUGGUGGCGGCUCGGUGGUCUAGCCUGCAAGGAGCCGUGGAGGAGGCCGAGAAGAUCAUCCAGGACUCGCUGGCUCAGAUCGACGACCCGGCACACAUCAGCUGCACCAGCUCCGCAGACUACCUGGCAUCCAGAUGUCAAGCCUCUUUAGACUGUGUGGAACGAUUACAUUCUGCCAGAGAUGCCUUCUUGGCUGACAACACAGGUGUGUCUGACUUAGUGCGAAUGGUGACCCAGUGUGGCCACCUGGUGGGCGACACCAUCGUUCAAGGCAGUGCGACCUCCCACAUGGUGCCUGUGGAGCAGGCUGAUGCGCUGUCAGAGAGCGUGAAGGCGUGCGGCGCUGAAGCUCUGGCUCUGCUGGGACACAUGAAGCAGCAGGACAGCCUGGCUGCAGUGGAUGACGGCAAGCUGAAGGCAGCUCUGGAGGCCAUCCUGGCCACCGCAGAGAAACUGCGUCCUCGGGGUCUGGAGCUGCAACAGGGAGAGCUGGGAGAUCUGGUGGAGCAGGAGAUGGCUGCCACUUCCGCUGCUGUGGAAUCAGCCGCUGCUAGGAUAGAGGAAAUGCUCAACAAGUCUCGGGCAGUUGAUACAGGAAUCAAGAUGGAGGUCAACGAGAGGAUCUUGGCCUCCUGCACAGAGCUGAUGCAGGCGAUCAAGGAGCUCAUUCUGUCUUCCAAAGAUCUGCAAAGGGACAUCGUGGAGAGUGGCAGGGGGGCAGCCACCAUGAAGGAAUUUUACGCCAAGAACUCCCGCUGGACCGAAGGCCUGAUCUCUGCCUCUAAAGCAGUGGGAUGGGGCGCCACAGUCAUGGUAGAUGCUGCUGACCUGGUGGUGCAGGGCAAAGGGAAGUUUGAGGAGCUGAUGGUGUGUUCACAUGAAAUAGCUGCCAGCACUGCACAGCUAGUGGCUGCUUCCAAGGUAAAAGCAGACAAAGACAGCAGCAACUUGCACCGGCUGCAGCAGGCAUCCCGCGGCGUCACACAGGCCACCGCAGCUGUCGUGGCCUCCACCAAGUCCGGGAAAUCCCAGAUUGAAGAGACAGAUACGAUGGAUUUCUCCAGCAUGACUCUGACUCAGAUCAAACGACAAGAGAUGGAUGCACAGGACCACAGUGGACCCUGA